AAUUUAUAAUAAGAUACAAAUUAAAUCCCAAAUAUGGCAACUAAAUCAGCUCAUCAUCUCUUAUCCUCAAUAAUUUUACUCUUGUUCCUUAAUGUGGUUCCAAACACAGCUCAUUUAAACUCAAAUGUUAACCCUUUUGGCUUCAUAAAAAACUUAGAAGGAUGCAAGAAGGGCCAAAACGUAGAAGGCCUUCACCACCUUAAAAGUUAUCUUGCAAAAUUUGGGUACCUGGAACCUCUAUAUUAUCAUCCAGUGCCGAAAAUCGGAGUAAAUACUACUUCCAUGACCAUUCAAAAAGAUGAUCAAUUGUUUGAUGAUAGUCUUGAGAAGGCAAUUCGGACCUACCAGCUCAAUUAUCGAUUAAAUGUUAGUGGACAUUUGGACGCUGCAACUGUGCAACAAAUGAUGAAACCUCGAUGUGGUUUUGCGGACAUCAUCAAUGGCAAGAACACAAUGCAGAGGGAAGACAAGAAAAUUGGCUACAAAAGCCGAAAGUCCAUGUAUGGAACAUCCUUGUAUGCACUUAUAGGUAGGAGAUGGCCGUCAUACCAACUAACAUACCAAGUCCAAUCUCAGACCCUAGUCUCAGGAGCCGAGAACAUGAGAUACAUAGUGGCUCAGCAAUUAUAUAAAUGGGCACAAUAUAGUCCCUUCACCUUCCAGGAAGUUCCUGAGGGAAGUCAGUCUGAUUUAGUUUUCGGGUUCGCACAAGGCGAUCACGGGGAUGGAUAUCCGUUUGACGGCAUUGGAGGUAUACUUGCUCAUUCUUUUUCUCCUUCGGAUGGGCGGUCGCAUUAUGAUGCAACAGAGUAUUGGAGCGACAAUCCCGGACAACAUGAAAUGGAUCUAAACUCUGUUGUGCUGCAUGAAAUAGGCCACCUUCUCGGCCUUGCUCAUACUCAAGACCCCACUGCUGUAAUGCAUUCGGGUAUUAGCCCAGGGGAGAGAAAAAGAUUUUUGCAAGAGGAUGAUGUUGAAGGCAUUCAGGCCAUAUAUGGCUGAAAGACAAACUAAAUGUCAUUUCCUGGCUUCUUGCUCGAACCACUCUACCCAAAGGCCAAAAGCCUUAUAUUACUUUAAUUUGUGAUUUUUGAUAAUUUACCUAUAAAUUGGAGAUUUUGAGCUUUCGUUUAUAAUUUUUACCAUCACUAAUAUAUAUAUUUGCCUAUAGUUACUUUGUUCCUAAGUCUGCCGUUGGUAGUAAAAAAGGGUCCAAAACGACCUACGAGACAAGGCUUUCUUUGUGGAGCGCCCAAAAAUUUGAAAUUCUUGUUAAUUUUAGACAAAUUGUCUGUAGUCCCAACCAUUAAGGUGUUUUAUUUUAUAAAAUUAAAUUUUUAUCUAGUUA